AUGAGUGAUGCUCCACACCACCGCGUUGUGCUGCUCAUGCUCAUGCUCAUGCUCAUGCUGAUGCUCAUGCACUCUCCACGUUCCCUCCCCCCCCCGUGUUUGGGUCUGGCGCUCCUUUCCAUAAACCGCCCACGGGCGUUACUCCUCCCCCUGGUGCCGUACUCUUGCCGCGGGCUCCUGCCAUACUUCCGCAAAUCCACGCACGACGCCGGCGGCACCACUGCCGUAUCAGCAGUAGCGACAGCUCGCGCGAUUGUGAUGCAGCAUCCGUCAUCACAAUCAGCAACGCGGCGGCGGGCCGAGGUCGCCAGCUGCUCUGGCGGCGGCGGCGGUCGUACCAACGGCAACGCAGCUGCUGGCGGCGCCGCCAGCAGCACCACAGCCUUUCAGUUAACCAUGAGCCACAUUGACGGGCAGUUGCUCGGGCGAAACUGUGGAACUGGCUGUAGCCGUACUGGCGGCGGCGGAGGUGGCAGCAGUAGCAGGGAUCUGACCCGCCAGCUAGAAGCAGCGUGUGCUCUGGCCCGUCGGAUUAAUCUCGGUAUGGAGCUACAGCUCAAUGCAGGGAGGCUGCACUGUACUGCACCGACGGCAUCAGGUGGUGGUGGCGGCGGCGCCGCUGCCGCCGUCGCAGCCAGUUCCACCGCCGUGGCGGAGGCUGUAGCCUGCUCCAGUGCGCCGCCACGGCCUUACCAACGGGAGCUGUUGUCGGCGGCCGCUACAGGAGCUUCGGCUUCAGUCCCAGCGGACAGCGAAGCUCCACGCGGAGGAGGGGGUUUCCUAUCCCCGCCAACGACGACUCGGCCCAUGCUUCCGAUGCUGCCGUCGGUGUCUUUCCGCGUGCCUCCCGCAAUGGUGACGACGGCAACGGUGGCGGCUGCGGCGGCGUCGGCGUCAGCUGGUGGGGCCCUGGCGGCGGCGGCUACGUCAAGGACCGCCAGGUACUGCGCUUUCAGCUGGGCUGGCGCCGCCAGCACUGCCGCCGCCGUGGCGGCGACGACGCCUCCGCCGGGGUCUAUAUUCCUGCCGCCGCAGCCACCGCACCCGCCACAAGGCCACCACCCGUGUCAUCACCCGGAGCAGCCGAGCCAACGAGAACGGGAUCUCGAAGCGCAGCUCGAACGCGAACAUCGCGACCACGCGGUGGAGCUGGAGCUGCUGGAAGUGAAGCACAGGCGUGAGGUCCAGAGAUUGCGGUCUGAAGCAGCUGCCGUACAGCAGCUAAACCGGGAGCUGCAAUCCGCGGUACGGCGGUUGCAGGGAGAUGUACGGGUGUGCGACCAGCUCAUAAACUGGCUUGCUCCGGAGGAUUGGGACGUGGAUGGGUCGGAGGGGGAGGAGGGAGGAGCUGCGGUGCAGGUGGUGACGUGGGCCCCUAGAUGUGACUCAGGGGCACAAGGAAUGAGCGAGAGAGGGGACGACGAGGCAUGCCCCACUGAUUUGCAAAUGAUAGCCCAGUUUAUUCUGUAG